CCCGCCCAGCCCCGGCUACCUCCGCCAGCUCCGCCACCAUCAGCACCACCUCCACCACCACCGCCGGCGGCGGCAGCAGCCAUUUCAUCUCCACAGAAACCAGACACAAAAACAUGGCAGAAAUGGAGAAAGAAGGGAGACCGCCGGAAAAUAAACGGAGCAGGAAACCGGCUCACCCCGUAAAAAGGGAGAUCAAUGAGGAAAUGAAGAACUUUGCAGAAAACACCAUGAAUGAACUCCUUGGCUGGUAUGGCUAUGAUAAGGUUGAAUUAAAAGAUGGUGAAGAUAUUGAAUUCAGGAGCUACCCUACAGAUGGGGAGAGCCGGCAGCACAUUUCUGUUCUCAAAGAAAAUUCUUUGCCAAAACCAAAAUUACCUGAGGACAGUGUUAUUUCACCAUACAAUAUAAGCACAGGGUAUUCAGGGCUUGCCACUGGAAAUGGACUCAGUGACUCACCUGCAGGGUCAAAGGAUCAUGGCAAUGUGCCCAUUAUUGUACCUUUAAUUCCGCCACCUUUCAUAAAGCCACCAGCAGAAGAUGAUGUGUCAAAUGUACAAAUAAUGUGUGCCUGGUGCCAGAAAGUGGGAAUCAAGCGCUAUUCCCUGAGUAUGGGAAGCGAGGUGAAAAGCUUCUGCAGCGAGAAGUGCUUUGCAGCGUGCCGGCGAGCCUACUUCAAGAGGAACAAGGCUAGAGAUGAAGAUGGACAUGCUGAAAAUUUUCCCCAGCAGCACUAUGCUAAGGAAACUCCAAGGCUUGCCUUCAAGAAUAACUGCGAACUACUUGUAUGUGACUGGUGUAAGCACAUAAGACACACAAAAGAAUACCUGGAUUUUGGGGACGGGGAAAGAAGGCUUCAGUUCUGCAGCGCAAAAUGUCUCAAUCAAUACAAAAUGGACAUUUUCUACAAAGAGACACAGGCCAAUCUUCCAGCUGGGCUGUGCAGUACAUUGCACCCUCCCAUGGAAAAUAAAGCAGAAGGCGCCGGGGUGCAGCUGCUCACUCCAGACUCUUGGAAUAUCCCGCUGACAGAUGCUCGGAGGAAGGCCCCCUCCCCGGUGGCUGCAGCUGGCCAAAGCCAGGGCCCCGGCCCAUCGUCGUCCACCACCGUCUCUCCAUCUGACACUGCCAACUGCUCUGUCACUAAAAUCCCCACGCCAGUGCCCAAGUCCAUCCCCAUCAGCGAGACUCCAAACCUCCCUCCUGUCUCGGUCCAGCCGCCAGCUAGCAUCGGACCUCCCCUCGGCGUGCCGCCUCGUAGCCCUCCUAUGGUGAUGACCAACCGCGGCCCGGUGCCGCUGCCCAUCUUCAUGGAGCAGCAGAUCAUGCAGCAGAUCCGCCCGCCCUUCAUCCGCGGUCCGCCGCACCACGCCUCCAACCCCAACAGCCCUCUGUCCAACCCCAUGCUGCCCGGCAUCGGGCCCCCUCCCGGCGGCCCUAGGAACUUGGGCCCCACCUCCAGCCCCAUGCACCGGCCCCUGCUAUCGCCCCACAUCCACGCCCCGAGCACCCCCACCAUGCCCGGGAACCCCCCGGGCCUAGGCGGCCCCCUGCCGAGUCUUCCCUUCCCUCCGGUGAGCAUGAUGCCCAACGGCCCGAUGCCGGUGCCCCAGAUGAUGAAUUUCGGGCUGCCGUCGCUUGCCCCACUGGUACCGCCGCCCACCCUGCUCGUGCCGUACCCCGUGAUCGUGCCCCUGCCUGUGCCCAUCCCCAUCCCCAUCCCUAUCCCCCACGUCAAUGAUUCCAAGCCCCCCACGUCCAAGAAGCUGCUGUCGCCGGAGGAGCCGGUGGUGAGCGAGCUGGAGUCGGUCAAGGAGAACAACUGUGCUUCCAACUGCCACCUGGACGGGGAGGCGGCCAAGAAGCUGGUGGGGGAGGAGGCCCUGGCGGGGGGCGACAAGUCGGACCCGAACCUUAACAACCCCGCGGACGAGGACCACGCCUAUGCUCUGCGGAUGCUGCCCAAGACCGGCUGCGUGAUCCAACCUGUGCCAAAACCCGCGGAGAAGACUGCCAUGGCCCCCUGCAUCAUCUCCUCACCCCUGCUCGGCGCUGGGCCCGAGGACCUGGAGCCGCCGCUCAAAAGGAGGUGCCUCCGAAUUAGAAAUCAGAAUAAGUAAAAGGAACACUCACUCCCAGGGUACCUUGCAUGGAGAGAGGGCGCGGAGCAAACUAUGUCACGCCAUCCAAUGACACCAGC